GACACAGCAUGCCACCAGAAUUAGCGAAGAAAAAGCAUGCGAAAUAUUUACAGAGGUUAUUGCAAAUAAUGCCUAGUGAUUCGGCAGAAUAUGAUUGUUCUAGGCUUGCUAUAGCGUUUUUUGCUAUAUCUGGACUAGAUAUAUUGAAUUGCUUAGAUGAUCUUAGUGAAGAAACAAAAUCAGGGGCAAUAGACUGGAUCUAUAGGCUUCAAAUUACGGGAGCUGGGCCACGUUCUGGCUUUCAGUCUUCUACAACAAUACCAAAGGAUGCUCCAAAAUAUCAAUGUGGUCAUUUAGCAAUGACAUAUAUUGGAUUAGUUACUCUUUGUAUUCUGGGAGAUGAUUUAAGUAGAGUCGACAGAAAGUCCAUUGUUGAAGGAAUACAAGCUUGUCAAAACCCAGAUGGAUCGUUUACAGCUAUUAUAACAGGAUGUGAAAGUGAUAUGAGGUUUCUUUAUUGUGCUUGUUGUAUAUCUACAAUUUUAAACGAUUGGUCAGGCAUUGACAAAACAAAAGCUAUUAACUACAUUUUACAGAGCAUUUCAUAUGAUGGAGCAAUGGGCCAAGGACCUGGUCUUGAAUCACAUGGAGGAUCUACAUUUUGUGCUGUAGCUAGUCUAUUUCUCAUGAACGAGCUUCAUAAUGUGUUGACAGAGGAUCAAUUAAACCGUCUAAAAAGGUGGUGUCUUAUGAGGCAAGAUGGUGGCUUUCAUGGACGGCCUGGAAAGCCUUCUGAUACUUGUUAUAGUUUUUGGGUGGGUGCAACAUUAGAAAUGCUUGAUAUUAGCAAAUUAUCAGACCCUGAUGAGAAUAGAGCAUUCCUUCUUGAAACUCAAGAUAGUAUUUUAGGCGGAUUUGCAAAGUUUGCUGAUUAUUUUCCAGAUCCCCUCCAUACAUACUUAGGUUUAUGUGGUUUAAGUCUGUUAGGAGAGACUGAUUUAUGCAUAAUGAAUGCUGCUCUCAAUAUUUCUGAUAGAGCAUACAAACACUUAUUAAAACUUCAUGAAACAUGGUAAUGCAGUUAACAUUCGUAUAAAAUACUUGUAACAACCGAAUACCAUAUCAA